ACCCUUAGGUCACUGCAUUGAAUCACAUUGUACACAUUCCCCGUCCCCGGCUUGUUUUCAAAAACAUUCUAACUAAAACAGCAGAAUGCUUACAUACAUUUUCUCUAUAUUUGCCUUAUUAUGCAGAUCUCGCACAAUAACGCAAUUUCCAUCACUGACUAAACCAACCAAUGGACCUGGUGGAAUGAUGUGGUGUAACGUUGGCUAAAAUUAACCAGCUUCAAGACGGCAACACCAGGGGAGAAACUGGACUCCGCAUCCAGGUCAAAGAUGGAGUUCGCAGCGGCUCAUCCAGCUCUCAAAGCCUUUUUGUGUGGCUCUCUCAGCGGCACCUGCUCUACACUACUCUUCCAGCCUUUGGAUCUGGUCAAGACACGGCUGCAGACCCUACAGAACAAUGCCAAAUUGGGUGCACCAAAGGUGGGGAUGUUCAACGUUUUAUUCAACGUUAUCAGGACAGAGAAUUUCUUCAGUCUGUGGAAGGGAGUUUCACCAUCAUUUGUGCGCUGCAUCCCUGGGGUGGGCAUCUACUUCAGCACCUUCUACUCCCUAAAGCAGCACUACUUCCUAGAGCGGGCACCCAAUGCUGGCGAGGCUGUUCUGCUUGGAGCGGGUGCCAGAACUGUGGCUGGCGUCUGCAUGCUGCCAUUCACAGUCAUCAAGACACGCUUUGAGAGUGGCUGUUACAACUAUGUGAGUGUGGCAGGGGCUCUGAGGAGUGUGUAUGAGACGGAGGGAAUCAGGGCCCUGUUCUCUGGGCUGACUGCCACGCUGCUCCGAGACGCGCCGUUCUCCGGCAUCUAUGUCAUGUUCUACAGCCAGGCCAAGAAGGCGAUGCCUCAAGAGGUAACUUCGUCGCCCUAUGCUCCGCUGGUGAACUUCAGCUGUGGGGUGGUGGCAGGUGUCAUGGCGUCGCUGGCCACACAGCCAGCGGACGUCGUGAAGACCCAUAUUCAAAUCAGCCCAUCCCACUGGAGCACAAGAGAUGCUGUCCGCUACAUCUACAUGGUAUGUGCACAUUUAAUCACAGCUGUCAGUUUUUCUCUUGUUGCAUGUGCACUCUAUCCUGGAUGCCAGCCAAACUUAGCCCCGCCCACAACAUUUGAGGUCAGGAAGUUCGGUCUGGAGCAACCAUGCUCGAACAACAUCUGUGCAGCAGGGCGGGCUUUAUACGAUGAUGCAGAGAUGAUCAACACUGUUUUCAAGAUGAAUCUGGGCUCCAUCCAUAGUCAUUGGGCCCCACGUGGGAGUGUAACACCCAGCCGAUGA